CAUUUGAACCUUCAGCUUCACCUCCGUACUGUCAUGUCCGUGUCCCUGUCCAGCAUCCCCGGAAUGCUGAAGGACAAGAGCUACCCAGCCGGCAUGCUGAAGGGCAGUCCCGCCCGGGGCUUCUACCCUGCCCCUUUCCCCGGACCCCACUCCCACUACAUGGAUUUCUUCCCUCGGACGCACAACCUCCUCCACCCUCUCAAGUCCCUCGGUCGCCUGGUGUCGGACACUCAGGCUUCCCUGAGGCUCAGCCUGCCCGGCGGGGUCCCUCCGUUCCUCGGCCAGAGCGGCCACAACGCCUCGGUCCUCCACGAACACAUGUUGAGCGCCUCCGGGAUCCCGUAUCUGAGCCACAUGUUGCCCGGACACCCUCUGUACUCCAAACCCGAGGAGCUGGCUGCUGUGGUGACCGAGCACGCCGCCGGUCCGCUGUCCUCAGACUUCAGUAGCCCGUCCAGUGAGAGAUCCUCAUCUGCGUCUUCCUCCGUCAACACACCGCCCAAAGAGAGUUUAUUCCGCCUCCGGAGCACCGAAUUGUCCCCGGAAAAAAGGGCUGCGUGUUUUAAUUUCAGCGAGGACGACUUGUUCAUGGUGCUGUACGGUUACUCAGGCAGCCAGGAGCGCAGCGUGGGUCAUGCUAUUUCAGGAGUUUCCCUUCCAGAAAACUCAGUUUCUGAUUCCCACAUUCUCUCACUGGACAAAGAAACUCUUGAACUUCCAGAGGGGUUAACCAUCCUCCAGGCAGCGUGGGGAAACGCUUCACACUGUGGAGUUUUCACAGAUAAAAGCAACAUCCCUAAAGGCACGCGUUUUGGACCUUUCCAGGGAAAACUUGUGAACACCAGUGAGAUCAAAACAUACGACGACAACACUUUGAUGUGGGAGGUGUUUGAAAACGGCCGGUUGAGUCAUUUUGUGGACGGCAGAGGAGGAUCUGGAAACUGGAUGUCUUUAGUGAAGUGUGCUCGCUUUCCCGAGGAGCAGAACCUGAUUGCAGUUCAGGUCCAGGGUCAGAUUUUCUACGAGGCCUGCAAAGAAAUCACAGCAGGCCAGGAGCUUUUGGUUUGGUACGGAGACUGCUACAUGCAGUUCCUCGGCAUCCCUCUGACACUGAAAGACCCCAGAGAGGACACCAACGUGGUUCCUCUCACUGAAGAUUCUGGUGAAGGCUUUAAGUGUGACAGAUGUGGAAAGGUGUUUGCCUACAAAUACUACAGAGACAAACAUCUGAAGUACACGCGUUGUGUGGAUCAAGGAGACAGGAAGUUUCCUUGUCACCUCUGCAACAGAUCUUUCGAGAAGAGAGACAGAUUACGGAUCCAUAUCCUACAUGUGCACGAGAAACACAGGCCUCACAAGUGUUCAGUGUGUGGAAAGAGUUUCUCCCAGUCGUCCAGUCUGAACAAACACAUGCGGGUUCACUCUGGAGAAAGGCCGUACAAGUGUGUCUACUGCAAUAAGGCCUUCACCGCCUCCAGUAUUCUGCGCACACACAUCCGCCAGCACUCCGGAGAGCGGCCCUUCAAGUGCAAACACUGCGGCAAGGCCUUCGCCUCCCACGCCGCCCACGACAGCCACGUCCGCCGGACCCACGCCAGAGACAAGACGCACCCGUGCGACCUCUGUGGAGCCGCUUUCCAGGAGGAGCAGGAGCUCAAAUACCACAUGAAGAGCCACAAAAAAAGACAGAUCGUGGACAGCAUCGGUGCUCCGUCCUCUCCUGGGAGCAGAUUGCAGGAAGACUCUGCAUUUCCAGUGAAAGACCAUCCAAAAAUACAGAAGAACACCGGACAAACCUUCCCCUACUCCAGGUUGACAGUUUUAAACUCAGAAUAUAGGCCCUGGAACUAGACUGCAUUAUCCUCAGUCAACUAUUCUAAUCUUGUGAUGGAGAUUUUUAGAAGCUGCAAAAAUCCCAAAAAGAUGAAAUGAAAUUUGUCGAGAGACCAUGAAAGGUAAAAUACCUGCAAGAACUUGUGGGCUUUCUUAAUAUCACUGCUGCAUAUAAAAACGGAUAUCAGUUGUAUAGGCCUUUUCAGAUGGGUACAUGAUAAUUUAAAUUGUUAGGAAAAUGUGUUUACAUCUAUUUAUAUUAAUGUGUUGUGUGUUCUGUGGCUUAAAGCUUUCACUCUGCAAUAGUUUUGUU